AGGGGCGGAGACACUGGGAAGACGGCACGUCUUGCUCGCGUGGUCGCGCACCUCUCCUUCUAUUGGACGGCAGCGACCAAUAGACUGUGGGACUGGCUCGCGCUGCUUCGUCACGUCUAGGACCGCGGAGUAUCUCAGGCGCCCGGAGCUGAGUUUGGCCGCGUCUGCGAGCUAGGUGCCCCAGGGGUGGGGUAAGUUUCCCUGUUUCUUAUCGCCUAGUUUAGGCCUUAAACAGCGGGCUGAAGGCUGCAGCAGGUGCUAGGUAGCCUCCUCCCGGUAGCUCUCGGGAAAGGCGGAGUGGGGAGGCGAGAGCAACUUAGCCUCCUCGACCUCCCCGCGUGACUGACGAACAGUUCUCGUAGAAUUUCGCUUCACCGAGUGACCUUGAGCCCAGGGCGACGGUCAGCUUGUUCCUGGCUGCAGGAACUUUGUGAGAAUUUUAAUGCUUGGAAAAACUGUGUUUCAACUGGUGUACAUCCAAAAGUCUCAGUGUAAUAGCAGGACCAAAAUAUUCUGUCAGUCAGCUGACCAUAUACUUAAUGACUCCUAAAAUCUCGUGGACUUCCAGAGAAGCACCAUGGCCUGUGCUGCUGUUAUGAUUCCUGGGUUGCGGUGCUCUGUUGGAGCCGUCUGUACUCAGGGUGCUUCAUUGAGAUUGACAUUCAGCACUUUGCGCCACCUUACUCUAACCAGCAUAAUGAAAUCCAAAAGGAAAACUGAUCACAUGGAGAGAACUGCAAGUGUCAUUCGACGGGAGAUUGUGUCAGCAGCUAAGGUGUGUGGAGCUGCCAGUGAGUCACCGUCAGUGAAGAGCCUCCGCUUGCUUAUUGCUGAUCAAGACUUUUCCUUUAAAGCUGGCCAGUGGGUUGAUUUCUUUAUUCCAGGAGUCUCUGUGGUUGGUGGGUUUUCAAUAUGCUCCAGUCCCAGACUGCUAGAACAAGAGAGAAUGAUAGAAUUGGCAGUGAAAUAUACGAACCACCCGCCUGCCCUCUGGGUUCACAAUAAGUGUACACUCGACUCUGAAGUGGCUGUGAGAGUGGGUGGAGAGUUCUUCUUUGACCCUCAGCCUGCGGAAGCCUCUAGAAACCUUGUGUUGAUUGCAGGAGGAGUCGGAAUUAACCCUCUGCUUUCCAUCCUGCGGCAUGCAGCACAUCUCCUCAGAGAGCAGGCAAACAAAGGACAUGGAUAUGAGAUAGGAUCAAUAAAACUAUUCUACAGUGCAAAAAAUACCAGUGAACUCCUGUUUAAGAAAAAUAUCCUUGAUUUAGUAAAUGAAUUUCCUGAGAAGAUUACAUGCAGUUUGCAUGUCACAAAACAGACUACACAAAUCAGUGCAGAACUCAAGCCGUACAUCACAGAAGGAAGAAUAACAGAGAAGGAGAUAAGAGAUCACAUUUCAAAAGAGACUUUGUUCUAUAUUUGUGGCCCACCUCCAAUGACAGACUUUUUCUCCAAGCAACUGGAAAACCACCAUGUACCUAAAGAACACAUUUACUUUGAGAAGUGGUGGUAGGAGACAGAUAAAGACAGAAGACAAAGAGGUGAGAUCUCAGAUCUCCUGUCCUUUGUGGCAUGAUUCAUUUUUUUUUUUUUUUUUAAUCUCUACUUGAGUUGUCUUAUUUUUUAAGGCUAUAAAUGUAGUGACCAGCUGGAUAAUAAUUAAGCCAGCUGACAGACUUAAAUGAUAAACUUUUUGCAGAGACCUCACUGAUAAAGCUAUUUUUUACUAUACUGAUUUUCUUUUAUUAACAAUGAUUUAAUUGUCUCAUGAUAUACCAUGAUUGGUCAAUACAGAUUUUUCUUUCGUCUUUAGGUAAGAAAGUGAUACAUACUUACGUUUAAUCAUAGGAAAAUGUGAUUUUUGAGUGUAAAAUGUGGGCUAGCUUUAAAUUAUUUGACAGCCAUCUAUAUAUCUUAUGUUUAAUAAAAUUAUAAUUUAAAUACAUUCUUAAUAAUUUUACUUUGAAAAUUCUUUUUCGUGAAUGCCUUUGUUUACUUACCAUGGUCUACAGUCUUACUUGAACCAUCAAUGUUAAGUUUGGACAUGGAAAUUGUUAGGAAAACUGCUUUAGGGAGUUAAAUAUCCAGGAUAUUUGCUUUUUUGUUAAUGAAUAUCCUAAGUGUGUAUCCUGGCUAAUUGUUAGUUUCUUCUCAAAUGAAACCCUUUCUGUCUUGGCUGUCUGCCUUAACGCUGUAGGAGGCAGCUUCUUGCUUGCGACAAAGGCGUUGGUGAUGUGUUCCGUGUUGAAUCUGCCUUCGGUGCUUGGGCUGGCUGGCUAUGGAAGUGUGCUUAGCAUUGUUUAGGGGGUAGAGAGCUGUUUCUAAAUCUUGGUUUUGUACUUUUUAUUUCACUCAUUUGUCAGAGUUGUUCUUGGUACCUGCAGGUCCUUAACAAAUAUUUGUUGAACGAUUGAAAGAAACCAACUAAUGUUCUAACUCCUUGCUAAGUCUGAGAUUGGAAGGCAGUUCCCCAGAGUAGAUAGAAAGAAUGGUGGAGACUUAUCCCAAAGCUGCUCUGAUGAAACUGCUAGAAAGCAGAUUGUAGUUCUUUGUUUAGAGUUUUAAAAAUCUAAAAGAAAUCCUGACUGAAGCCAGGCCAUUCCUUUUAGGACAAGUAGUCUUGGGCCCAAGGUUGCCUGCAUGGAGCCCACAGAAGGGCGAAGGGAGCCUGGGAAGGACAGGGGGGUGCUGGAGACCUAGGAGCUCCAGUUGAGAUUCUGUUCUGGAGCUGAUGAGAGAAGACUUUCUUAGCUUUGUUGUGGCAGGCCUCCCAGGGACUUCUGGGCUUUAACACAUAUAAUUCAUCUGGGCUUUAACACAUAUGAUUCAUGGGGCCUGAAGAUGACUGUAGCUUCUGCCCAGUUUUGAGUUUUGUCAGGUUUUAAGCAGAGAUCAUUUGUCAACUAUUUUGAUCCCACAUUUGAAAAUUUGGGAAGGAAGGGAGGAGCCAUUGACCUGAUGGGCGUAUCAUAAUCCAUUCAAGGAAAUGGUCCUCAGUAUCUCAGAGGUGAAGGGAGUAUGUGAAGCUCUGGGCCACUACAAGGAGCCCUGACUUACUGAUUGGCCCCAAAGUGCCCAGGCUGAGGGCAUAGGAGCCUGAUGAGAUGCAGGGAUGCGGGACUGUCAAGGGGCACUUCCACCAACUGGUGGAGGCAGUCUGUGGGGGAGGAGACCUAAAGGUAUGGAGAAAGUGCCUAACCCAGGCCUCUCUGCAUCAAGAGUGGAGGUGCAAGGUGAGCAUCUCAAUGCUUCAUGGGAUGGGAGGAUAGGAAGGUGUUGCCCAUUGCCUCUGUUCAACCAGCACCAUGGCUAACUGCGUGCCUGCUGUUGUCAGACAGCAAGGGUCACCUGUCCUGGAGAUCCCAGCUCUGCCUGCCCCCCUGCUGCUGACUCAGUGUCGGCAGAUUGCUGAGAUGGGCCACUUUGCCUUUGCCUGGAGUGUUCAUCCUUUCAGUGCCAUCAUUCUGGUGCUAAGUGUUGAACAGCACUUUCUGGUCUGGCCAACAAUGUCCUGUUGCUCUUGCCUGUGGGAUCUGUCCAGAUCUUUUUGGUACUUAAAUUGAGCUAACUACAGCCAGAGUGGCUUGGAAUUCAUAGUGUGGUGGCUUAGAGUAUGGGCUUGAAAGCUCUUGAGCCAGAUGCCUGGGUUCAAAUCUCACCUAUACUACUUAACUAGGUAGAUGACCUUGAGCAAAUCACUUAACUGCUCUAUGCCUCGUUUAAAAUUACUUACAACUACAUGUAAAAGGGAGAUGAUACUGCUACCUACCUAUGUACCUACCUGAUAGGGCUGUUAUGGGGAUUGAAGGUGAUCAUACAUGGAAAGUGCUUUGCAGAACACUGCAUGAGUGUGUUGUCAUUAUUAAUUUGCUAUUCCUUGUCCUAUUCAGAAAGGAUUUCAAGAGGCUGGAUGCCUUAAAUGUGGUCCACUAACUUGAAACCUUCAUGUGGGUGUGCAUCUGUUUUGUUUACUGCUGUGCCAGGCACAAAAUAGAUACUUCAUAAAUAUUUGUUAUAUAGGUGAAAGGGCCUGCUCAGGGUUGAUGAGCUGGAUUAAAGGGACUUCUUAAGGAUCCUCUGGUUCUAUGAGGUUGAAAUAAUGUUUCUUCUUUUGACAUGAGACCCUUUCAUGGCCUACUCAAGAGACUAGGUUAGUCUGAUAUUUGUAUCUUUCUCAAAUUUUAUUAUUUUUUCAAACAUAUGACAAAAGUAGAGAUAGUAAAAUGACUUCUCCUGCAUCCAGCACCCAGCUUCCAUGACUAUCAGUAUUCUGUUGUUUUUGCCAGCCCUCAGCUGCCUUGUGGUGGUGGUGUUGGUGUGUUUUCAAGCAAAGCCUAGCAAUUGUAUCGUGUCACCUGUAAAUUCUUCAGUAUUUAUCUCUAACAGCUACAUCACCUUAGCACAACCACAAUGUCAUCAUCAUACCUAACACAAGUGACAGUGAUUACUUAAUAUCAUCUAAGACCCCUUCUAUGUUUUGUUUCCUCAUAGCCUCAAAAGUCCGAAUAUUGCAUUUGGUUAAUGUCUUUUAAGUUUAUUUUAAUCAAUGGCACACUCCCUACACCCGCUAUGCAUAUGUAUGGACACUUUCUCCCCCAUGAUUCAUUUGUUAAAGAAACUGACUCAUUUGUUCUGUAGGCUUUCCCACAUUUUGAACCUGGCCUACUGUAUCCUCGGGGUAUUGCUUGAUUCUCUCUCCUCUCUAUUUCAUGUAAACUGGCAAUUAGAUCUAGAACUCGUUUAUAUUCAGAUUCAAGAUUUUUUUUGCAAGCCUAUAUUGUAAAGUGAUGUACAUCCUACUGUAUCAUACAAGGCAUAUAAUGUCUGUCCCACUUUUAAUGCUGUUAAGAUGGAUCAGUGGUUUCAGCGUUUGUCAGCCUGAUUCAUCCAAUGUAAUGGUCUUCAUCAAACUUUCACCUAAUUGUUUUAGCAGCCCGUUGAUCGUUGCUAAUAGCUAUUUUUUCAUUAAGGAUUGAUUAUCUAUUUGUGUUAUUCUUCCAUAUAGAACUUUCCUUCAUCAGCUUUGAUUCCCUGAAAUGAGUCUGUAAAGAAAAGGCAGGAUCAAUGCUUGAUUUCUUUCCUUUUAUUUAUCAUUUAGCAAUACUAUGAGUUGGUGCCUUAAAGUAUCAUUCUAAAUGCAUGGCUUUUUAUACAUUUUGUUGUUUUCAUCCAUUGAAGUCAUUUUUUUUUUUUUUUUUGAUGUUUAGCUGGUUUUAGGUCGCCCCCGCUGUGUCACAGUGGUUCACAUUAAGUCAUGAUGGUUGAUGAGGUUUGGAACUCUUAAUAGGUGCAAAAAGUGCUCUAAUAGAGUGUGGUGUUAAGGAGCCUCAUGAAUACAGUGUUUCAUAGAGGAUGGAUUGGCUAGCUGUGUCAUGCUGCUGUUAGGACAGGAAAGAUGAGUUCUGAUGAGAGAUCAUUGAGUAGCCAUUGAUUUGGCAACUGGAUGGUCAUUGGUGAUCUUUAAGAUGUAUGGUGGGAGAGAAAACACUGAAGUAGGUUUAGGAGCAAUUCAGAAGAAAGAAAUUAUAAUGAAUAUACGUAAUAAAGAUUUACUAUAAAGAGAAGAAAAAAGAUGGAAUGGUAGCUGAAAAGUGAAGUAGGGUCAAGAGAACAUUUAUUGUACUCAUGGAGUUGUUUUAUUUUUUAAACUUUUGCUUUGAAAUAAUUUUAGAUUUACAGAAGAGUUGCAAAGACAGGGUUCCUCUGUAUCCUUCAUCCAGCAUCCCCAGAUGUUUAAUGUAACUAUGGUAUAUUUAUCAAAACUAGGAAAUCAACAGUACAGCUAAGUUGGUACAGUAGUGUUAGCUAAGGCACAGUUUCAUUUUUUAAUAUGAGUGAAAUAACAGCCUGAUUGUAUGAGAAACCAGGAAAGAGUCAUUCAGUGGAACUCUGUUAGGGAAGUGACACCUUUUUCUAGAGGAUGAUGUAUUAACUGUCAUUUAUUGAGCAUAUACUGUGUGCAGUCACUGAGCUAGACAUUGAAGAUAGGGAAGCAUAAGACACAGGUUAUCUUAGGAGCAAGUUAAAUACUUUGGGAAACCAUUUUUUUUUUUUUUUAAUACAUUGAGAACAUUUCAACAAAAUUGAAAGUGAAUGCUCAGGGGGAAAAUGUUUUUUUGCACCUAUCACUGAAAGAGAACUAUAGCAAAUGGAUGACUGGGUGAGUCAAAGUAGUGAUGGAUCCUAGGGGCCCAGGGGUAGGGGAGUGGGAAAGGCUGCACCCAUGCUCUGGAGACUCGGGAGGAUUGUUAUACUGGACUUACAGCACAAACACAUGCAUGCAUGCAGUGAUUGUCAAAUGAUCUAAGAUCAUGUCUCUCUUACUGAGAAUUUUUGUUUUCUUUCUGAAUGGAAAAUAGCAGUUUCUUUCAUUCCUGGUUAUUGCAGAUGAUCUGAUAAUUUAACCUGAGAGCUGUUAUUAUUUCAUUUUAUUUCAUAACCCAAAAGAAGUAUAUUGUACUCAGAGAAAACAGUGAGAUGUCUGGUUUUUAAUAUUACUCUUUCUUAACAUACAAUAAGCUAUCAAUCAGUUUGGUGAUGACAUGUAGAUAUCUCCUAACCCGCCAUAAAAUCAAGGCAUGUAUUUUAAAAUGUUUUGUGCUCAGGAAUCCAAACCUUUAUAGUUGUUGAGCAGCCAUCUUGAUCUGGUCUGUUUUGAAUUCUUAAAACUUGCAGGAGCUCAUCAGCCUAACCUGGCCCAUUCCAGCUCAUCCCCAUAUCCCAUUUUGCUAUAUUUGAGCAUAACAAAAUUUUCUCUCCUCCUUUUUUAAAAUUAAUUAUCUAAUAAAUAUGACCACAGAUAUUAAAGUAUA